CAGCGAUAGUUUCGGAGAGAAUGAUGAGCGACAGUAAUAGCAAGAGUACGGGAAGCAACGAUGUGUCGUCUCGACCCAGAGUGGAAAACCAUGAGAUAAUACACAGUGAAGAUACAGGUGUGGAUGAAAAGACACCUUUGAUGUUGACAACUUCAUCUCCUAGAAGUAGCAAAGGUAAAUCAGAACGAUGUGGUUCCUGCAGAAAGCUGUUUGGGCUUCUCAAACUGUUGUUACGGUCGUCACCUGACCAACACCGGACACUGAAAACUGUCUUAGCCUUUCCCAUCGGAGUUGCCGUGGCUUUUGCACUCUACUUUACUGUGAUCAAUUCCAUCAAGCUGCCCCCGACAACGCGACAGGCAGUGGGCGGGGUUCUGGGCGUGGCUGUUGCCCUGGGGUUUGGUCUCAGCACGUCCGUGAGGUGCAUCGUGCUGCUCGUGGUACCCACCUUCUUCGGCAAGAGCGGCCGCUCUCACAUUGCGACGUUUGCCCUUGUGUAUUUGAUCUCAGGACCAGUCCAAAACAUGCUGAGCAACGCCGGUGAGAUGACCAACUCUCUGACCUGCGUCACGGAGCUGCUGGCCAACCACACUGCUCAGAAAUGGUUGUUCCGGAUGAAACCAGUCCAGGACGCCAUGUCACAGAUACAGAAAGAGGGAUUCCUCAUAAAGAAGAUUGGAAAAGUUGUCAACGAGGCAUUUGGACCAAUCAGGAGAGAGAUGGAAAACAGUGGGUUUGUGGAGAAGAUGAAGAAACGUGUCCGUGACGUUGACCUCAAGAGAGGUCACAAGGACAGAACCUCUGCCAUAGAAGAGCGGCACGGCAUCCAGCCCGGCGCGGGGCCCAACAAAGCUGUGGAGAACAAGUGGGAGAGAAAACUGGAUUAUCGGUGCGAAGAUGUCUUCACGAAGGGCGUUGAGAACUGUCGCAACUGGUUCCGGGACUUGGAGACGCGCUGUAUGAAAGCUCUGUGGCUUCUGGGCUACAUUCUCUGCCUUCCACUGAAACUGACUGUUAUCUGCGAGAUCGUGAGAGUCAUGCCAGGAGCAAUCGGCCUUGACUGCAACUCUAUGAAGGUCGUCAAUCCGGGUGUUGGUGAGACGUACUCGGCAUCACGUGACAUGAUAGACAACAUGGACCAGGGAUUCAGCGUCAAUAUGCAGUAUAAGGUGGUGGCCGACACCGAGGCUAUAGACUACACGAGGGCGGAGGAAGCACGGAAAGCGACAGUGUACGAAUUUUCUCAGAAACGCGAAGCAGUGGAGUUUGUAAUGACACUGUUGCAGCGCAUCCUCGCCUUCAUGUUUCUCUUCAUUUUCUACAGAGCUUACGUGUACGAGAAGAAUUAUCUGACAGACUUCAAGUACGACAACGUUUACAUAACGAAGUACUUCCGCCAUAUCGACUUCCGUCGGCAGCAGAAGGGAAAGGCAGUGCUGUUGCCCCUGAAGAAGAUCGAGGAGAAGAAGGUCAUAUACCCGACUUCAAGGAAACUAAUGGCCUCAGAAAAAUCCAAACUGGUGAAGGGGACGGUGCGGUUGAUUUUCCGGGCUCUCAUUACCGGCAUCAUCGUAAUGAUGGACUUCCUCCUGUUCUGGGUCCUAGACGUGAUCCGACGCAACAGCAGGGUUGACUACACACAGAAGGGGAAGCAUCGAGUGAAUAUCAAUGUAGAAGGACGAGGGUUCAUCAGCGAAAUAGUGCGACUCUUUCUUUUUAGUUUUAACUCCAAGCACGAAAUUCAUCAUCUCACCACGAAUGCAGACUGCCUACCUUCUCCGACCAAGGUCGACAUUCGCAUCAUCAUCGCUAUCUACAGCAUCUACGCGAGCGUGUGGGUGUUCAUGUACUUCGAGGCGUACGGCCUGCGACUGAGGAGGCAGAUAUGCUGCUUCUUCUACAGGAAGAGAGAGAAGAGACGAGUGUUCUACAUAGAAAAGAGGAUGUUUGAGGUGUAUACAUAUUCAAGAGAAGAGAGGAUGGACAUGUAUACAUAUUCAGAUGCUGUGUUUUCAGAGAAGAAGAGGAUGUUUCAGAGAAAGAAGAGACGAGUGUUCUACAUAGAGAGAAGACGUCCCACAGGUGUUUUCAGCGCCCUCUUGCAAGAGCUUCCGCGGUGCUGCAAGUUCCUGGAGAGAUUCGAUAAGAUCAAAAUCAAGUGUCUCAUAUGUGAGGAUCCGAAGGACAACGAAUUCCACGACUGUGAAACUGUAGGCUGCAAUUUCACAUACUGUAAAGACUGUUGGCUUGAUGUCAAGGUGGGUGACAGCGUGGUGUGGAUGGUAUCCGACGGAAUCGGAGGUGGGAAAGAGUAG